GCAGUCAACAGUCGCACCACCGCAAUCUGCUGGAUAUCGCCCGCACCCUCGCAUUCAAGGAACACUCAAGGAUAAUCGCCGCCAUUCAGAAUGUACAAGUUCAUCUUCAUCGCCUGCUCUGCCAUGCUGCUCGGCUAUGUCCUGGCCCGGCCACAGGAGCAGCGUGCUGCCGUCACCACAACGACAACAGCUGCCACCAUUGUGAAGCAGGAUAAUGUGAACAAUGCCGAUGGCAGCUUCAACAGCAGCUACGAGACAUCGAAUGGAAUACGCGUGGAGAACAUUGGCUACCUCAAGAAGAUCAUCAUACCCAAGACGGAGACAUCCGAUGGCCAGGUGAUCGACGAGCACGAGGAACUGGUCCUGGUCCAGACGGGCUCGUACAGCUACAGCGACCCGGAAGGCAACCUCAUCACCCUGCGCUACGUGGCCGACGAGAAUGGGUUCCAGCCCGAGGGCGAUCAUCUGCCCGUGGCGCCGCAGUAAUGCUGCUGCCAGCCGAGUGCCCGUCCCGUCCUACUUCAGUAUAAUAUUUGGAUUUUGAGUAUUAUGCACUGCCUGAAUGCCAUACGAAAUUGAAAUGUUUUGUGUAAAUCUUACCUUCCGUAGUUAGUCUUAAGCAAACACACACACACACACACAACCACCUCACACUCUGAGUCGAGAAAUAAAUAUUGGAAACGAUAAUGAAAAUGA